AUGUCCAACAGGCCAAUCUGCGAUCAAGACACGCCAGAUCCCUGGAUCAUCGCGGCCAACAAUCGCUUCUACUUGACCUUUACGUGCGGGAAUAGAGUCGAGGUCUGGUCGUCGAACAGCUUGGACGACUUCCGACAAGCGGAAAAAUCUACAGUAUGGCAGCCCGAACAUGGAGCGCCAUGGUCAGAGGACGUCUGGGCGCCUGAAAUCCACCUCAUCGACGGAACGUGGUACAUCUACUUUUGCGCCGCACAACCCGGCAGAGGCAAUGCCAGUCAUCGGACGUUGAUAUUGCGGUCAUCCAACCCUGAUCCAUUGGAUCGAGAGGGAUGGCACUUUCUUGGACCGAUGAAAGGCAUCCCUGAUCACUGGAAUAUUGAUGCCACUGUAUUUAGCCUGCGACCGCAUGAGCUGUUUGUCUGCUACAGUGGCUGGCCACUGGGCGACCAUUCAGACACGCAGCAGGACCUAUUUCUCAUGAGGCUUGCUUCACCCAUUGAGGCAAUUCCAUAUACCUUGACCUGUAUAUCCCGCGCAAGUUUGCCUUGGGAACGACCAGAGCAAGGGCGCCGCGGCGUGAACGAAGGCCCGACAUGGCUGUCUGUACCGGGAUUUCAAGGCAUUGUAUAUUCGGCAAACGGGUCUUGGUGCUGCGACUACCAGAUGGGUCUCGUCGCACUGACUGGAUCUGACCCGUGCAGCGAAGCCUCGUGGCAGAAGCGACACCAUCCACUGUUGGCAUGCGACAAGAGAAUGGGCGGUCCAUUUGGCCCAGGACAUGCGAGUUUCGUACUUUCGCCUUCUAAUGAUGGCCGUCUGUUUUGCAUCUACCAUGGAACAGAACGUGAAGACGAGGGGUGGGCAAAUCGAAAAGCGCGUGUCCUCGAGUUGUCGCCCAACAGCUUUUGGGCGAAGGCACCGACGAUCUGCUGCGCUACCGGACUGCCGUUGCAACGAAGUGGCGAAGACUGGCCCCUGAGAGGACAGGAGAACAAGCACCAGCCAGAAGCUCGUGGUAUCAAAGACUGGUUGAGAAAGAAGUUGAGAUAG